AUGCCUCGUCAGGAACGUCACCACAAGGAGCGUGUCGUCUACGACGACGAUCCGCACUAUGACGAUUAUGCAAACGAGCGCCCCAAAGCCUCCCGCCGCGUCUCUCGUAAUAUCCACGAUCAUGAUACGGGCGGCGGGGGCCACCGUCGCAGCAGCCGCCGGCACGAUUCCUACAGCCCCGUCGGCCCCGUUCGCGCCCGACCCGAAAGCUACGGCCGGCCUCCUGGUCGAAGGCACGAGACAUAUUCCGAGUACUCUGACAGCGGGGACGAGAGGCCUCGUCGACGAAGCCACGGGCAGAGCAGCAGCCGCCGGAAGGACAGCAAGGCGUCGGGGUCGUCGAGGGGGCCUGACCGGAACGAUGCUGACAAGGUUGCGAUUAUACAAGCUGCUGCUACGGCGGCCGUCGUGGCGGGCGCGAGUGAGGCCUGGAGGAUGAGGAAAGAGAAGACGUCGUGGUCGAGAAAGGGGACCAGGAUGGCGACGGCCGCAGCGGGUGCUGCGGCUAUCGCGGCGUUCAAUAACAAUACCAAUGGGCAGCACGGAUCUAAAGACGGGGGUGGGAUCAAGAAUAAUACGAUCCAGGCCACACUGGGAGGCUUGCUGGUGAACCGGCUCGCCAACGGGGUCGGCAAGAAGUAA